AAGCCAAGCCCUCUAUCAGCAUACGAACAUGCUGCCAAUCGCAACAAGUAGAAGAGAUCUUCCUUUCAUGGCUGCUGAUUUGGACGUUGAUUUUUCGUCUAUCGAAACAGAAUUUCGKCGGGAUGUACCGCCAAGCACUUACCUACACUCGAUCGGCAASACUCAAUACCAGCAAAWCGAAACGAUAGAUGYUUGUAAUUUCGAUACUUUAAAUCCAAUACUAUUAGAAGARUUAAGCCAAGCUACCACGGGGGAGCAGCAAAUAAUUUCUGACGACGAAGACGGCUGCCCAAUCGAAGAAUUUGUGAAUAUAGAUCCAAUUCCAUUAGAUGAAAUAAGCCAAGCUUCAACGGGGGGAAAGCAAAUUAUUUCUGACGACGAGGACGACCGCCCAAUCGAAGCAUUUCCKGAUGAUGAUUUGGACUUAAAUCAAGACUCAGCUCAGCAACAACAGCCGGCAUCACUGCAAUCCCACGAGAUAUCUUUUGCCUCGCAACUGCCAGGUAGCAAUAUCCCGCGUAUCACUCCUCUUCAAAAUCCAAUUCAAAACGAGGACGCAGGAAUAGUGCCUUUCCUGAGUCUACAGAACACAGGAGACACCUUCUCGGAGUCGGUGGUCUUUCCAGAAAAAGGUUACAGUUCUGGAGAUCGCAGAAGAUUUCGUGACUACCAAAAGGAAAAAUGGGGAACAAGAUACAAGGAAUUAACAGAGGUCUUUCAAAAAACGGGUCGAGCUUCAGUSCAUCAUGCCGAUGCUUCCAAAAAGGGUUUGGCUCGCUGGAUAAAACGGCAACGAGCUCAAUAUAAACUUCGACAGGAAGAUAAWCCGUCAUCGAUGACGGACGAACGCGUCGAAGCACUCAACUGCAUCAAUUUCAUCUGGGAUUCUCAUAGUGCUGCAUGGGAAGACCGCAUACUAGAAUUGAAAGCAUUCAAAGCCGMAUACAACCAUUGCAACGUUUCGUCCUCCGAUACUACCAUCAGUAAGACUUUGAUAUCAUGGAUAAAAUGCCAACGACGACAAUACCGUCUCAUGAAGGAAGGAAAGAAAUCUAAUCUCACUGCGAGACGAAUUUUACAGCUCGAAGAAUUAGGCUUUCAGUUCCGUUGAUAUUCACACGGCCAAAAAGAUAGAUCGAUCAGCCCUGAAUUAUAUGUGCUAUUUCAUUGUAAAUGAUUCAAACUGAAAAGAAAAAAUAAUAGAGGAUCACCCAUGAUCACUGUAUAUACUUGAAUAAAAUCCUAUUUGCAUU